GGGCUGCUGGCAGCUCGUUGAUUGGAGAGUUCAUCCAGAUUGACCUUGGAAGUACUAAGGUCAUCACCAUGGUAGCCACACAGGGGAGAAAAAGCACUAAUUGGUUACAGUACGUGACCAAGUACUCACUAGCGUACUAUAGCGUUGAUGGAAAUAAUUGGGAAGAAUAUCUUGGGGAUUGCACAAAGGUCUUCCCUGGUAAUUACGACCAAAACACUGUCGUGACUAACGAGCUUGAAGUACCAAUCAAAACCAGGCACAUCAGACUGAUUGUGAAAGGUUUCAAACAGCAUGCAACUGUACGAAUAGAGCUUUACGGCUGCGCUGAGCUUCGCACCUAAUGACCACUUUAGCUAUAUAAGAAACCCCUUCAAAAGACUUUUAGCCAGCAAAUCGUUCCCCGUUAUGUCAGCACCAUUUUUUAACCAUGUUAUGUAUGUCAUACG